GCUCAGUGAAAUAGUACUCUGAAGUAAAUAAGAAAGCGCUGGGAAUGGUGAACCCGUGCUUUGUGACACCACAUAAAGAAGCGCGCGCGGCGGUGACGGACAAACCUCCCUGCCUCGCGCUCGCCUCGGGAAUACAUAAAGGUGCGCAGUGAGAGAGCGCGCGCGAUGUGCGGCUCAAGCCUGCAAACCCCUCGCGCGUUCUUUUAACGGAGCUCAGAGAGAGAGAGAGAGAGAGAGACAGAGAGAGAGAGAGAGAGAGAGAGAGUGCAUGGAUUGUAUAGACUGCCGCCUCCACGUCGGGGGUUCAUGAUGACCUAGCGAGCUUCUUUGAGACUUAACUGGUUCUCCGCUCCGAUAGAGAGAGAGAAAGAGAGUUCUGCUGAUGAAGGGGUGAGAGAUGCGUGUUCUCAACGGAGUGUUUAACCUGAGCAGCGGGGGAUAUACCUUUGGGUCUAUAAAUGAGACUAAAGCAAUGGGGAAAAGGAAAAUACAAGUGGAUGAGAGCCAUCAAUUUUUUCCCAGGAGAAAAUAAGCACAAGCAAACCAGAGGUGGUGAUAGACCACAACCCCAACACUUCUCUCUAAGGGAACCUUGUAUAAGUGAAAAUACUGUGGCCACAAGAGAAAAAUAAAGGUUAGAAACUGAACCUUAUGCGAAGACUCAUAUUCUUGCCCAGACUCUGGACACCAAUUGUACCUUGUCUGCAUAAACAGAUACAGCUGACUAUCCUGCCAGAAUACUGUGAGGCUCUGUCCAGCCUAGUAGAAACUUAAAGUGACAUCACUACCUAAUUGUUACUGUAUUGUUCAUGAUUUCCAGAAAGGCAUCCAUGGCUUGUAGUGGUGGUGUUGUGAUGAGUGCCUUCAUCUGGUCUAUGGCCAUAAUCUAUCUGACUCACAUAGGUGGAGUGAGCGGAGACUGCUGGCUCAUUGAAGGGGAAAAGGGCUUUGUGUGGUUGGCCAUCUGCAGCCAAAACCAGCCACCUUAUGAGGCCAUCCCUCAGCAUAUCAAUAGCACCAUUGUGGACCUUCGCUUGAAUGAAAAUAAGAUUAAAAGUAUCCAUUACUCUGCCCUCAGCCGCUUUGCCAACCUAACAUACCUGAACCUAACAAAGAAUGACAUUAGCUAUAUAGAGGAUGGGGCUUUUUCAGCUCAAUUCAACUUACAGGUACUCCAGCUAGGUUUCAAUAAAUUGCGUAACCUAACAGAAGGGAUUCUCAGGGGGUUGGGAAAGCUGCAGUACCUCUACCUCCAGGCCAACCUGAUUGAGACUGUGACACCCAAUGCCUUUUGGGAGUGCCCAAACAUAGAAAACAUAGACCUCUCUAUGAAUCGCAUUCAGGUGCUAGAUGGGAACACUUUCACCAGCCUCACCAAACUGACCACCUGUGAGCUUUAUACAAACCCAUUCAACUGCUCUUGUGAGCUUCUGGGGUUUGUUAAGUGGCUGUCAGUCUUCCCCAACAGAACGAAUGAACGGAUGGUAUGUGAUUCUCCUGCAGGCGUUUCUGGUUACAGUCUCUUAAGCCAGAAUCCAAACAAUCCUACUCAGCGUAAUGCAUUGCAUAUGCUGUCCACUGUGUGCACGGAGGACUAUGUGACUCCGUAUAUCCCUGUGCCUCCUGAGACCACAACUUUCUCUCCAGAUGUUACCCCUUGUGAGCUGGAGGACUGUCCCUCUGGUAGUGAGCCAGAGGAAAUAAGCAUUAGUCCCACUUACCCAGACCUUGAUGUGAAACCAAUCAUGAAGCUGAAACAAGUCUCCCACACCAAUGCAGUUAUUAAUGUUCAGAUACCCCAUCCUUAUAAGAAAAUGUACAUCCUUGUUUUGUAUAAUAACAGCUUCUUCACAGACAUUCAGAAUCUGAAACGGCAGAAGGAAGACAUAGAGUUAAAGAACCUGAAACCUCACACUGAAUAUACCUACUGUGUGGCUUCCAUACGCAAUUCUUUGCGUUACAACCAUACCUGUCUCAAAUUAUCCACAGGCCCCAGAACUGGAAGAGUGAGAGAGGCUAAUAAUGCAACAGCCACUCAUUAUAUAAUGACCAUCCUAGGAUGCCUUUUCAGUAUGGUAAUUGUUUUAGGAAUGGUCUACUACUGCUUACGAAAAAAGAGGUACCAAGAUGAAAAGCACAAAAAGGCAGGUAGUAUGAAGAAGAACAUAAUAGAGCUCAAAUAUGGUGGUGAACUGGAGGGAGGGACUAUAUCCAGGGUGUCUCAAAAGCAAAUAAUGGCUGGGGAGAGUAUGUCUCGCAUGCCAUAUUUGCCUUCUGGGAGUGAGAUGGAUCAGUACAAAAUUCAAGACAUAAGUGACACUCCAAAAAUGGCUAAGGGCAACUACAUGGAUGUGAGAACAGGGGAGCAUCAAGACCGAAGAGAGUGCGAGAUGCCUAUGCCAAGCAAUAGUCAGGGUUCUGUUGCUGAGAUCUCCACAAUCGCAAAAGAGGUGGACAAAGUCAACCAGAUUAUUAACAAUUGCAUUGAUGCUUUGAAGUCAGAGUCAACUUCUUUCCAAGGAGUCAAAUCUGGAGCUGUUUCAACAGCAGAGCCCCAGUUAGUUCUGAUUUCAGAGCAACCUCAGAGCAAGUCUAGCUUUCUGUCCCCUGUUUACAAGGAUAGCUACCACCACUCUUUACAGAGACAUCACUCCUCAAGCACUUCCCCAAAGCGACCCAGCACAGCAACCGGUGGUCCCAUGCGUAGUCCGAGGCCCUACCGCUCUGAGGGGGCAUACAAGUCAGAGUCUAAAUACAUAGAGAAGACUUCAUCUACAGGUGAGACCAUCAUGACCAUUACUCCAGCUGCCGCUAUACUGAGAGCAGAGGCAGAGAAGAUACGUCAAUAUAGUGAACAUAGACACUCCUACCCUGACGCCCAAAUUGAGGAGCUUGAGGGACCAGAAAAUCGCAAAGCAUCUAUCCUGGAGCCUCUGACACGGCCUCGGCCCAGAGACUUGGCAUAUUCCCAGCUAUCUCCGCAGUACCAUAACCUCAGCUACUCCUCCAGCCCUGAGUAUUACUGCAAACCAUCUCACAGCAUCUGGGAGCGCUUCAAGCUCCAUCGCAAACGUCACAAAGAUGAGGAAUACAUGGCGGCAGGCCAUGCCCUGCGUAAAAAAGUGCAGUUUGCAAAGGAUGAGGACCUGCAUGACAUUCUAGAUUACUGGAAAGGUGUGUCAGCCCAACAUAAAUCUUAAUCUUCUCAAGUGUUUCUUCAAAUCUUUUUUGUUGGACCAUGAAAACAGAAUGAGUUUUGAAUUGCAUUUUAAUGGAGGACAUAGCCAACUUUGACUAAUGGGGAAUGGGGGAAAUUGGGAAUGCACUCUUAGUUUUGUAAAUUUACCAAAAGGAUAUACACAAGAAGAGAACACAGUGCAAAUUUAAAUAUAUAUAUAUAUAUAUGUUCAAGUGGAUUAUAAGUAUUUGGUUCGCAUGGCCAAGUCCUGUGACAAUGGAUUUUCUACUGUGUACAGUGAGAAAAAAAAGCAUCAUACACUGACAGAAGUCUUCUGGAAACAUAUUUCUUCUCACUGUACAUUGAUUAAUGAACAGUUCUCCCUAUAUAUUGAGUUAUAAAUACAAAGGGACUAAUGUACAAUAUAGUGUUUUUAUACUUGCAAAGAUUGGUGGUUAUAAGAAAAAAAUAUAUAGGACACGUUUGAUUCAGGUUUAGAUUAUGGAUUUUAGAAUCAGUUCCUGUGACAUUUGUCUGUAAUGAAUGUUUGGAGUUCAGAUGGAUGAACAUUGCACUUGUCACUGGAAUGGAAUAUGUCCAUUCAAAACACCAUUUAAUCUAGUCUGCAUUGUCAUUUUUCAUUUAUGUCACUAAACAAAAUGCACAAUAUUACCAUGUUAUUAAAGGCUCAGUAAUUUGGAUAGCUUGGUACUUCAGAACAGAUCGGUAGUUAUAUCUGAAACAUCUGUAUAAUUGGGAUGUGGGUAAAUGUACAGGACUGAGGAAUAUAUAUAUAUAUAUAUAUAUAUAUAUAUAUAUAUAUAUAUAUAUAUAUAUAUAUAUAUAUAUAUAUAUAUAACCAAAUGAUGACAUAAAUGAAAACCCAUCUCAGUGAAAUCAAUUUUUGUGCAUUAGAGAUUUGCUUAUUGGUAAGUUACUUUUAUUACAUACACUUAACUUUUGUUUCAAUUGUACACUGCUUGCUGUGGUAAGGAUUUACAGUAUCUGAUGGUCAGCUCAAGUGCUUGAGUGACAGCUCAUAAACUCAAAUUGUGCAUAUGUCUCCUCCAUUCUUCAGCCCUGAGGAUGAAUGUAUUACAUACAGUACAUGAUAGAAAAUGCAGCCCUUUUCAGCUGCAUGUUUUGUUAUUCAUACUUCUUUUCUUAUCAGUUUUCUUUCAACAGUACCAAACCAACUAGAAAAAAAGGACAUUCACAAACCUGUGUCUUAGUUGUUUUCUACUGUUUGACAAACACAAAUGCUUUUGUAAAUGUUUAAAAAUCAAUUAAUGGAAAGGAGCUGCAGCUAUGGCACUGAUCAGGAACAUGAGACGUGUAAGAAGAGAGACACUGAUUUACUCCCACCCUGACCUGUUGCCACUGGAAUACAUCACCAGAACAGUGACUGGGGCAUCCAAUUUCUUAUUUCAAUCGCCUUAAACUUCUGAAAUAUAUGUGUAACUGCUUUUUUCUUUCUCUUUAAGUGUUGAUGUUUUUGAAAGGUCUUUAUUUCUUGUCUUUUUUUAAAAGAGCAUUUCAAUAGAUUUCAAGAACUGACCAAUUUAUAGGCAAUCUAGCAAGUAAUCUAUGUGUUUUUAUAUUGCAUACUGUAGCACUCCUAUAUCAUAAAUGUUAGAAAUGUUUGGACAAUGUGAACUGAAGCAGCUGUUGCUGAAAUACAUCAAGAGACAACCAAGAGCACAAUAAAGUGUUAUUUUUA